CUUGGUGUAGCGUUUACCUUACUAACAUGAUGAAACGGGUAUAAACCAUGAACUAGACAUACAAGCAAAGAACUAGUCUUUGUAAAACCUUCCCAAGAUUCAACUCUGGGUGCCUUUCAAAAAGAUAGGAUGAGUGAUGAACAAAAUAAGAUCCGUUCCUACCAGCAGCACUAAAUCCUUCAAUUCCAUCAUCAACAACCUCUCGUCACAAGGGUCCUACCAUGAAGUCCUCGUCACCUACACGACCAUGCUCAACUCUAGCACUCCUGACUCCUACACGUUCCCCAGCCUCCUCAAAGCGUGCACGUCUCUAAACCUCUUCUCCCUUGGCCUUUCUGUACACCAACACGUUAUACUUCGUGGGUUUUCUUCAGAUUCUUACACUGCAUCUUCUUUGAUCAAUUUUUACUCGAAAUUCGGUCACACGAAACACGCUCGCAAGGUUUUUGAUAAAACGCUAAACAGAGAUGUUGUUCCCUGGACUGCCAUCAUUGGCUGCUAUGGUCGUGGUGGUGACGUGGGCAAUGCGUUUUCUAUGCUUAAUGAAAUGCGAUACAAUGGGGUUGAGCCUAGUCCGGUUACUUUCUUAAGCUUGCUCUCUGGAGCAUUGGAGGUAGCACACGUGCAGGCUUUGCAUGGAUGUGCGGUUUUAUGUGGCUUUGAGUCCGAUAUAGCUGUGGGAAAUUCGUUAUUAAAUGCGUAUAGUAAAUGUGGGAGCAUUGGGGAAGCAAGAGGUUUGUUUGAAUUGAUGGACCAAAAAGAUAAAAUUUCAUGGAAUUCUUUGAUUUCAGGUUAUGCUCAGUUAGGGAAUGUUGAAGAAAUUUUGCAACUUUUAUAUGCAAUGAAGAUAGAAAAUAUGGGACCUGAUCAGCAAACUUUUGGUUCUUUGGUUACUGCUGUUGCAGCACAGAGUACGCCUGAUAUAGGAAGGGUGGUGCAUGGGCAGAUUUUAAGAAGUGGGUUUGAUUCAGAUGCGCAUAUUGAAACAGCACUUAUGGUUAUGUAUUUAAAAUGUGGGACAACUGAUGCUGCAUAUCAGAUUUUUGAAGGGGUAUCACAAAAAGAUGUGGUUUUAUGGACAGCAAUGAUCUCUGGGCUAGUGCAAAAUAAUUUUGCGGACAAGGCACUGACAGUUUUCUAUCAGAUGAUGAAGUCAAGAGUAGAGCCAUCUACUGCCACCCUAACUAGUGCUCUUGCUGCAUGUGCACAGUUGGGUUCUUUUGAUUUAGGGACCUCCAUCCAUGCUUACAUUUUAAGGCAUGGAUUGACAAUAGACAUUCCAGUCCAAAACUCUCUGGUUACCAUGUAUGCCAAGUGUGGUCAUUUGGAGCAAAGUUGUGCAGUUUUUGAGAGGAUGGAUAAAAGGGAUUUGGUUUCUUGGAAUGCAAUAAUUUCUGGAUGUGCCCAAAAUGACCAUUUAUCUAAAGCCUUGUUCUUCUUCAAUAAAAUGAGGUUAACCCUUCAAAAACCUGAUUCAUUAACUGCUGUCACCCUGCUUCAAGCCUCUGCAUCUACUGGGGCUCUCCAUCAGGGAAAGUGGUUCCACAACUUUGUAAUUAGAAGUUGUCUUAGGCCAUGCAUCUUGGUGGAUACAGCUCUGGUGGACAUGUACUGUAAAUGUGGUGAUUUAGACGCUGCCGUUAAGUGCUUUAGGGUGAUGCCAGAACAGGACUUAAUCUCAUGGAGCACAAUCAUUGCAGGAUAUGGUAGUCAUGGCAAAGGGGAGAUGGCUUUAAACAUGUAUUUUGAGUUUCUGCACUCUGGAAUGGAACCAAAUAAGGUGAUUUUCCUUUCAGUUCUCUCUGCCUGCAGUCACAAUGGGCUUGUGGAUGAGGGUCUGAGCAUAUUCCAGUCAAUGGCUAGAGAUUUUGGGAUUCAACCAGAACUUGAGCACCGUGCUUGCAUUGUUGAUCUCCUUUGUCGAGCUGGAAGGGUGGAGGAAGCUUACAACUUCUACAAGGGGAACUUUUCAGAGCCCGCUGUUGAUGUUUUAAGCAUACUCCUUGAUGCCUGUCGGGCAAAUGAUAACCUGGAACUUGGUGAUGUUAUUGCCCAAGAUGUCAUCAGGUUGAGGCCUGCAAGUGCAGCAAACUAUGUUCAGAUAGCACACUGUUAUGCUUCCAUGAGUAGAUGGAAUAGCGUGGGGGAAGCAUGGUCCCAAAUGAGGUCUCUUGGCUUGAGAAAACUCCCAGGAUGGAGUUUCAUUGACCUGCAUGGUACAGUUACUUCAUUUUUCUCUGGUCAAAAUGCACAUCCAAAACAUGAAGAAAUAGUUGCAACACUGAAAACUUUGAGCUGGGAAAUGCGUGAAGUGUGCAUGAACUUCAAGAUGCAUGAAAUUCUUGAUAUAUUCUUAGAAACUCAGUCUUAGAUGAAUGGGUUUAAUGAGAAAAAUUGUCGAGUAUUUUAAACAUAAACUGUUGGCAAAGAGGUCUACAAAGAAGAUGUUCCCUAUUCUGCUUCCUUGCAAUUAAUCAGGAUAUUAAAUGCCUCUGAGUGCAUUCACUUGGUCAAAACUGAACAGCAACAAGAUUCUCGUACUCAGUUGUUCAACUUCCGUGAACAGGGAGAGAACAGAGAGAUGAAAAUGACACUGGAACACAACAAAAGCGGUGACAAUGGCAAAGGUUAAUGUGGAUGACAGGACACAUUAUGGGACUGUACUGGCAGUGAAGGUUGGUAUUUUUGGCUUCAAUGCUUCUAAACCCAAAUAGGUCUUUUCUUUAUUUAUUAGGGAUCAUAAAUUUCAAUUUCUACUGUCAAAUUGAAGAACAUUUUAGCGUUCGGUGGUCGGGUAGGAAGAUCGAAUUAAUUUCCAAGGUUGGAAUUUACUGAUAUAGUUCUGUAUUCUAAAAAAUUAAUUGCAGUAAUAAAUUAGUCUGAAACAUCCACACACAUGAGGGCUAAGACUUUUUCCGGGAUAUAUGGUGAAUCACAUGUAAUCCUUUCCUUAUUUGUUAUACAAAAUUGGAUGUUGCAAUAACAGA